UGUCGCGAGUCGCAGGUAACAGCAAUCAGCACGAGCAAAACAGUUCGCCUCCUCCAUGAAAACCGCAUAAGUACGCGCCCCACUCUUCUCCAUUUCCACUCUCAUUAAUGCCCUCUCCCCCUGUCGGUUACGUACUCCCCCGAAAACCGAUGCAGAAACGACGCCCGUUGAUGACGACGACGGCGGCGGCGGCGGCAUAGAGCCGUUGCGGCCGCAUUCGAUUCCUCGGUCUUUAACCCCCUCCCCCUCCCUUAACGUUCCGUUCUCCGGGCAGCUGCGAGGUGCGCGUUCGAGACAGCUUCGGUCGUCCGGCGAGACGUUUCCGGCAGGUGGGUCGACCCGGAGGUGCGUCUUGGGGAGCGAGUCGAGCUGGGGUGGGGCUGCGAUCGAUUGAGCUGAUCGGCGGGGGGGCUUUCUCGGCGAGGUUCCCGGUUCGGAGGAGGCGGUCCGCGGAAGUUGACCCGGCUCUUCUCGGUUCAAAUUCGAGAAAAGGCGAGACAGCGAGAAAGGCAGGAAGCGCGAGGCGCUUGAACGGCUCAGUGGGCAUUUGCAGAAACAAAGCAGCUCCUCGUUUGGCGAAAGGGAGAUGAUGGGUGGGGCUCUCUGCAUCUUGUCUUCGGUCCUGCUUCUGGUGGUGGGCGCGGGCGUGUUGCGGGCGAAUGCCGACUUGGCCGGCGACAAGCAAGCCCUGCUCGAUUUCGCCGACAAUUUGCCGCACUCUCGGUACCUGAACUGGACCGAGAGUUCCCCCGUUUGCAGCAACUGGGUCGGAGUGACCUGCGACAAAGAUGGGUCCAGGGUGAUAGCCUUGAGGUUACCCGGCGUCGGAUUUCACGGCCCGAUUCCGGCCAACACGCUCGGCCGCCCGGAUUUGCAGAUCCUCAGCCUCCGGUCGAAUGCCAUAACCGGGAGUUUUCCGUCCGAUUUCGCCAACUUGAAGAACCUGUCGUAUCUCUAUCUUCAGUCCAACAAGUUCUCUGGCCCUUUGCCUUGGGACUUCUCUGUUUGGAAGAACUUGACUAUCUUGAAUCUUUCCAACAAUGCCUUCAAUGGAAGCAUCCCUUCUUCGCUCGCGACCUUGACCCAGCUAGAUGGCUUGAAUCUUGCCAGUAAUCUCCUUUCCGGCGAGAUUCCUGAUCUCCAGCUGCCGCAGCUGCAGCUGUUGAAUUUGUCCAACAAUAAUCUGCACGGCAGUGUCCCGAAGUCCCUCGAGAGAUUUCCUAGCUCGGUUUUUGCUGGAAAUGACCUUUCCUUUCCAAAUUCUACUCCUCAUCCUUCUCCUGUUAUUUCGCCUCCUUGUGAUCUUCAGCCAAGGUCCAAGACUCCUAGGAUGCUUAACGGCAUGGCGUUAUUAGCAAUCGUCAUCGCGGGUUGUCUCUUGGCACUUGCGUCUGUGGGCAUUCUCAUUUUCAUUCGUCGCUCGAAAAGGAAAGGCGAAGAAAUGUUUUCGGGAAAGUUGCCGAAGAUGAGAAUGUCGCCCGAGAAAGCUAUUUCGAGGAGCCAAGAUGCAAACAAUAGGCUGGUUUUCUUCGAGGGAUGCAAUUAUGCAUUUGAUCUGGAGGACUUAUUGAGGGCUUCUGCUGAAGUUCUUGGAAAGGGGACUUUCGGUAUAUCUUACAAGGCUAUCUUGGAGGAUGCAGUGACUGUAGUGGUGAAGAGGUUGAAGGAGGUUAGUGCUGGUAAGAGAGAAUUCGAGCAACAGAUGGAAAUUGUUGGGGGAAUUCGGCAUGAAAACGUUGUCGAGCUGAAAGCUUAUUACUACUCCAAAGAUGAGAAGCUGAUGGUGUAUGAUUACUACAGUCAGGGGAGCCUCUCUACCCUUUUACACGGUAAAUUAGGCGAGGAUAGGACCCCGCUAGACUGGGAUAGCAGAAUGAGAAUAGCCCUUGGAGCAGCUAGAGGCAUAGCUCGUGUACAUUUGGAGAACAAUGGGAGACUUGUUCACGGAAACGUCAAGUCAUCAAACAUCCUUAUCAACCCACAGCAGUAUGGCUGUGUUUCUGAUCUUGGCCUGGCUGCUGUAAUGAGUUCCCUAGCUCCACCCAUUUCCCGAGCUGCUGGUUAUCGAGCGCCAGAAGUGACAGACACUCGUAAAGCAGGACAGCCAUCGGAUGUCUACAGCUUUGGAGUCGUCUUGCUUGAACUGUUAACUGGAAAAUCUCCUGUUCACGCUACAGGCUACGGUGAAAUGGUGCACUUGGUGAGGUGGGUUCAUUCCGUGGUGCGAGAAGAGUGGACAGCUGAAGUAUUUGAUGUCGAGCUGAUGAGGUAUCCAAAUAUUGAGGAGGAAUUGGUGGAGAUGUUGCAGAUAGCAAUGGCCUGCGUCGUGAGGAUGCCGGAUCAGAGACCUAAGAUGGCUGACGUGGCGAAAAUGAUAGAGAAUGUCCGGUGUCUUGAAACCAAUAACCGGCCUUCCUCCGAAAAUAGAUCCGAAAGGUCAUCGCCAUUGCAACCAGCUGUUAGGUCGAGUCCCGCGCCCUCACAAUGAGCUCCUUUUCUUCAUCACUGUCAGUUAUAUUGGUAACUUAUGUUUUUAAACCUCAUUUCACUGGGUCCAUAUUCUUGUUAUUUACUCUUUUCUUGCCAAUCUUGCCCCUUCCCGUUCUCGGUGCAACAGAAUUUCUACCACUCAGCCUACUGCCUGAUACAUGUUAAGCCAAAACCGUGUUAUGCCUGCAUCUGUCCUUGAAAUCCUAAUGCCAGGUACAGGCAGUAAAAUAGAUGUUCUGCACAUAUUUGUGAUUCCAAGCAGCUGAUUUAUGCUCAUAUUUGUAAGAACCUCCGGUUCCUACUUUUUCAUCCUAGUUCCUUCUAAUGCUGCUGCACAUUUGUUAGGAUUGGGAUGAAUAAUUGUGGAAAGGGAUGUGAUGGAAAUGUGUACUUGGGAUUAAUCAGGUCGCGCAUGUUCUUCUUGAUCUUGUAAUUUAUCCGAGCUUUUCCAAUUCAGUGCGACCUCUAGAUCAUUA